AUGUUCGAGGACAUGGAAUAUGUGGUGGGCUUCACGUUGACGGCGAGUGGCCAAAGCGAGCAUUAUCCUGGAGGAGAUGAACGGCAGCAUGUCUCAGCCGCUUUUCUGGGUUGGAUGAUUGACCGACUUGCGGAACUGCCGCCUGUAGACGUUGCUGCAGCGUCGACCGUCCGCCACAACAUUCUCUGCAAGUCCCAGGACCAGCAGAGAACCUUCCAUUGGUGUUAA